AUGGUGAGGAGGUGGAGGAGGAGGAGGAAGGUUGGCGGUAAAGCCGAGGCCUCCAGUCAUGUGGAUGUGUCCACAUGUGAGGUGUGGGGGUGAAUCAAGCCACUUUCUGUGCUCCUUUGCUUAAUAUAACCCAUCACAACAGCAGAGACUAUAGUAAUAACUACCACAUCACACCUUGAGUUGAGUUAGAAAUAAGAGCCCAGGGGAAAUAUUUUGGUUCUCAAACAACACCCAUCCACUGGUUCCCGAAAUGGGGCUACAUGUAUUGUAGUGAAAUGCCCACCAGCUUUCUCCUUAUGCAUGUCAGCUGAUUCAACCAUUCCCCAAUGUUUUCCUUUAUUUCACUUAAAAUGUUUAUAUAUGCUUUAGUCUGUGUGUGUGUGUGUGAGAGUGAGAGUGAGAGUGAGUGAGAGAGAGAGAUUCACCCUUUCCCUCUUCCCCUCCGGCCAGACGGUGAGAGUGAGCCAAUCAGACAGUGAGCCAGCGGGUCUUCGUCCACCCCGCGGAGUCUUACCAUUAGCUACCAUGAGCCUACCGGCUCAGACACAAACACCACAGCUACAACUUCUAUGUCAACAGUCUAAAAACGCAACACUUUUAUGACAACAGUCUAGACAAUGCAACACACGUCUAUGUCAUCAGUCAACAGAAUAGUCAGUAGUGUAGUGGUAAUAAUGGACUUCCUGGGAAUUUUACGUCUGCCAAUCGAGCACAGUUUAGUGUAAUGGUAUUCAAAUAGUUGUAAGUGUUUAUUUUAUUUUACCUUUAUUUAACUAGGCAAGUCAGUUAAGAACAAAUUAUUAUUUACAAUGACGGCCUACACAGGACAAACCCGGACGACGCUGGGCCAAUUGUGCGCCGCCCUAUGGGACUCCUAAUCACGGCCGGUUGUGAUACAGCCUGGAAUCGAACCAGAGGGUCUGUAGUGACGCCUCAAGCACUGAGAUGCAGUGCCUUAGACCACCGGGCCACUCGGGAGCCCAGUGUAUGCUAUAUUACUACAGAAAACCAGAAGACAGAAGAAAGUCUCCCUCACGCACAAACGCACACUCACUAGAUGUCUUCUCCGGUCCAAAAAGUUGGACCCGGAUCCGAAUGAACCUGAUAUAUAUUUAUUUAAUGGGGACUCUGACCCGAGAACAAUCAGACCCGAACUGGAAUGGACCCAAGGACAACCCGACCUAGACCCGACCCAUACCCUAACGAUUGGACCCGAGUGAAAAAAUAGAUAUGUUUAUGAGCCAAGUUGCUCUUCAAAGAACAAAAAUAGGACAGCACUCUGGUAAAUAAACUUAAAUUGAAAUGUGUAUUGCCAAGUUGCUCUUCUGGUUAAAGGAUAGGUCUUUAAUCAAAUGAAAUCAAAGUUUAUUGGUUGCAUACACAGAUUUGCAGAUUGCAGCGAAGUGCUUGGGUUUCUAUCUCCAACAGUGUAAUAAUACAAUACAAAACAAUACCCACAUAAUACAAAUGUAAAAAGAAAGAAAUUAAGAAAUAUCAGAACGAGCAAUGUCAGAGUCCAGAAUAUAUAUAUACAGUACCAGUCAAAAGUUUGGUCACACCUACUCAUUCAAGGUUUCUUCUUUAUUUUUUUUACUAUUUUCUACAUUGUAGAAUAAUAGUGAAGACAUCAAAACUAUGAAAUAACACAUAUGGAAUCAUAUAGUAACCAAAAAAGUGUUAAACAAAUUUUAGAUUCUUCAAAGUAGCCAGCCUUUGCCUUGAUGACAGCUUUGCACACUCUUGGCAUUCUCUCAACCAGCUUCACCUGGAAUGCUUUUCCAACAGUCUUGAAGGAGUUCCCAAAUAUGCUGAGCACUUGUUGGCUGCUUUUCCUUCACUCUGCGGUCCAACUUAUCCCAAACCAUCUCAAUUGGGUUGAGGUCGAGUGAUUGUGGAGGCCAGGUCAUAAAUAUGCUAUAGACUAUGCAGAGCUGUGGUUGGGUCUAUUCGGGUCCACUCAGCUAUAUCAGCUGGAGUUACAUAGACCAAAGACCUGAUGGCAAUCAAACAGGACCCGACCCGGACCUGGGGACAAAUUUACAUUUUGGAUGCAAACCCGCUCGGGUCCCGGGUCAGGUCUCGGGUAUUUGGGUUUGGUCGGACCCGUGAAGACCUCUAACACACACACCAACACCCACCCAUUGACAAUCCCACACAAAACCCACACACAUUCACAUGCACUACAUAUGUACACACACGACACACACGCAUACCGACACAACACAAACACACAUACAUACACAUCACUCGCGCACACUCAUCAUUUGCUGCUGCUACUCUGUUCUUUAUUUCACUCUUAUUAUGAUCUACCUGAUGCAUAGUCACUUUACCCUGCCUUCUACCUCUGCACAUUGAUCUGCUACUGGUACUCCAUCUACAUAGCUCCAUUCUUGUGUUACUAUUUUGGGAAGGGCGCAUGUGACAAAUGCGAUUUGAUUUAGUUUCAACCUGUGCUGUGUUGCUCUGUGCAGGUGUGCUGAGGAUGUGACUGACGGAUCCCAGUACUUUGUGCUGUUGAUGAUCACAGACGGAGUCAUCUCAGACAUGGUGCAGACCAAGGAGGCUGUGGUCAAUGUGAGUGCUCAUCACAACUCAGUGAUGUGUUUUUUUUGUGUGUGUUUUUUCACCUUUAUUUAACCAGGUAAGCCAGUUGAGAACAAGUUCUCAUUUACAACUGCGACCUGGCCAAGAUAAAGCAAAGCAGUGCGAUAAAAACAACAACACAGAGUUACAUAUACAGAAAAUAUAUAUACAGUGUGUGCGAAUGUAGUAAGUUAUGGAGGUAAGGCAAUAAAUAGGCCAUAGUGCAAAAUAGUUACAAUUUCGUAUGUGUGUUGUUGACAUUGGUGGGCCUUAAGUUUGUGUGUGUGUCCCAAAAUGUGGCAUGGGACGUCAUAAAUAUGUAAUUUCCUGUGCGUGCAUGUGUGUGUGUGUUUUCUCCGCAGGCUGCCGCUCUGCCCAUGUCUAUCAUCAUAGUGGGAGUGGGACCUGCUGAGUUUGAUGGUAAGUGUCUGUCCAGCAGGGGUGAGGGGGGUGGUGGGGGGUUGGGGGGGGCUUUUAAAGUGCAUGGUGCACUAAAGAACAGCAGGGAAGGUGACCGCACAACUGCAAUCUCCUUCCCAGAGGUUUUAGGAACUGGUGAAUCCCCUUCCUGCUCUCCCUUUCUUCCAAAUGUAUCUCCACCUACCUUAGAUAUACAGCAAGGAUACCCAAAUGUCCUGGUAUGGAGCGGUACAGGCUUUUGCUCCGGCUCUGUUCUACUCUUUUAACACACCUGAUUUGAUCCUGAAGAGCAGCUUGAGUACGGGUAGAACAGAAACCUGCACACCCAAAUAGUGUUGUUUGUUUUAGUUUGCUUAUUUGACACCAUUCCAUUGGUCCUAAAGUGCAAACACCGCCCAAAAGGUGAAUCAGGCGAGGUAAAACUAAUACUAUCAGUUGCUCUCCAGGAAGAGGAAUGUGUUGAUUCCUUCCCCCAUCCCAAAGAAUCAUUAGCAUUAGUCUCAUGUGGUGACAGGUCGUGACUCCUGUGUCAUGUCUCUCAGUGGAGGGAAACUCAGAGUAAGUGAGUCCUGGGUCGUAUUGAGUAGGGCAAUGGAAAACGUUUUGCAAUUGAACACGAAAUGAGCAAUAGACGGGUUGGUUGUUUAGCAACAAAACCGACGUGUGCACAACUAUGGGGCAAAACAGACGGGGUUGGCUUAGAUUGUUGACAACAUGUAAACUAUAUUUAGUCUCCAAAUGUUUAUUGAAAACAUAAAUACAUUUGCACAAUCAGCACUUGUUGUCUCAAAUACAUCAUUACAUUUGUUGGUUAGCUAGCUAGCCAAUUUGAGCCAUAUUAACAUUGACAUGAAAUAAGUCAAAACACCUCAAAACAAGAUAUGGUAUCAUUAACAAGAUAAAACUAGCUGAAACGAGCCACCUACGAUUCCCCACACGGCAGCUUCUUGCCAUUGUUGCUAGCUAUCUGACCGUUCAGAAUCAUAACAACGCGGCUUCCGGCCACACCGAUGCACGCGCGUAAUUUUCAUGACGUUUUCAGCCAACCCGUCUAUUCUUAAUGGACAAGCCCAUGUAGUCCCUCCCUGUUUCAGUCAAUUUUUUCCCCGUAUGGUGCCUGAUUAACACACCUGAUGGAUCAGACUUCCACUGAGGCUUUGUUACCUGGGUCACCUGGCUUAAGCUCAGAAGGUUAAUGGCAGAGCUGAAUAAUAAUACAAUGUGUGGGUAAACUCUGCACAAAACAAUCCAUUCACGCAAAGGAUGUUUGCAUUUUUUUACUUCAUGAUCAUGUUACUUACUCUUAGAAAAGAAGGUGCUACCUAGAACCAUAAAGGGUUAUUUAAUUGUCCCAAUAGGAGAACCCUCUGAAAAUAACUAUUUUUGGUUGGAACCCAAGUGGAACCUUUUCACUAAUACAAGGUUCUACGUGAAACUCUUUCACCACUUAAAUGUUCUAAGUAGAUCCUUUUUCACCUGGAACCAAAAAGGGUUCUCCUAUGGGGAAAAACGAGGAACCCAUUUUUUCUAAGAGUGUACUUUGAGUCCCAUUUAUGUUGUGGUACCACUUUGUUUUAGGUACAAUAUGCAGCAGGAGAGAAUUUGGUUUGAGUGAAAUCCUUCUCUGCCUACCAUACUAAUUUCAAUCACUGGAUAAUGAUGUAAAUGCAGUUGGUGCACCCUAUUCCCUAUAUAUUCCCCAUAUUGGCCAAUAUAGUAAAGAGCACUAUAUAGUAAAUGGGUCCUAUGUAAAUCAGCCACAACUAGACAACGGUAAAACCAAGGAACAGAAUUGUGGAUGCGUCCCAAAUUGCACUCUAUUCCCUAUUUACAAAAAGGUGCUAUCUAGAAUCUAAAAGGCUUCUUAGGCUAUCCCCAUAGGAGAACCCUUUGAGAACCCUUUUUGGUUCCAGGUAGAACCAUUUUGGGUUCCAUGUAGAACCCUUUCCCCAAGGGUUCUACAUGGAACCCAAAAUAGUUCUACCUGGAACCAAAAAUGGUUUGCCUAUAGAGACAGCCAAAGAACCCUUUUGGAACCCUUUUUUUGACCAGAGCCCUAUGGUCAAAAGGCCUGUUCAAAAGUAGUACACUAAAUAGGGAAUAAGGUGCCAUUUGAGACAAAGCCUGUGUCUGCAUACCAGUGGAGGUUCCUCAGAGGAGAAAGGGGAGGACCAUUCUCCUCAGUGAAUUUCAUAAAAAUAGAAAUAGUGAAACAUCAAAGUUAUAAUUUUUAGAUAAACUAUACUAAAUAUAUUAAUGUCACUAAAUAAUUGAUUAAAACACACUGUUGUGCAAUGAAGGUCUACAGUAGCCUCAACAGCACUCUGUAGGGCAGGGUUUCCCAAACUCGGUCCUGGGGCCCCCCCUUGGUGCAUGUUUUCGCCUUAGCACUACACAGCUGAUUCAAAUAAAACAAUUAAAAGCUUGAUGAUGAGUUGGUUAUUUGAAUCAGCUGUGUAGUGCUAGGGCAAAAAACUAAACGUGCACGCAGGGGGGGCCCCAGGACCGGGUUUGGGAAACCCUGCUGUAGGGUAGCACCAUGGUGUAGCCAGAGGACAGCUAGUUUCCGUCCUCCUCUGGGUACAUUGAUUUUAAUACAAAACCUAGGAGACUCAUGGUUCUCACCCCCUUCCAUAGACUUACAGAACACAGGAAUUAUGACAACUUCCAUGUCCUCCAAACUAUCAGAGCUCUUGCAGCAUGAACUGACAUUUUGUCCACCCAAUCAAAAAAAGGAUCAGAGAAUGAAUUUAGUACUGAAAGCAUAAGCUACAACUAGCUAGCACUGCAGUGCAUAUAAUGUGGUGAGUAGUUGACUCAAAGAGAGAGAAAGACAAUAGUUGAACAGUUUUGAACAAAUACAUUUCUUCAAAAAUGAAGGAGAAGCAAGAGAGAUAGAGAGAGAUAGCUAUAUUUCGUAGUAUUCUUUUCAUUUUCACUUUCACUUACUUAGCUAGUGAAUGCAGCUAGCUAGUUUAUCCUACUCAAACACCCGGCUCAAACAGAGAGGGAUGCUAUGUUAGCUAGUGGGCUAUGGCUACUGGAACUCUUCCAAUUCAAGGUAAGCUUUUGAUUUGAUUAAUUUAUUGCCACCAGGGCCCGCCGGUGUAACUGCUAAACUGUUUGCUGACUGUACACUGUACUGCAUGAUUGUAGAGGGUUUACUAAUGCGUUAGUUCUAUUAGCUAUGUUGACUAUGACGUUAGCUAGCUAAUAUGGUGACAAUGAUGUAGGCUGUGUGUAGUGGUUAGUGGUUAUGAUAUGAAGGUUUGGCUUGGAAAGGUUUUUUCACCUGGUCACAGACAGCUGAUGUGUUGAGCGAAGGGAAAAGGUGAGAGGAGGAGAGCGCGUAGAUGCGAGAAGGAAUUGCGUGAUCAUGCUGUUUGUAUGUGGCUGUUAUGAAAAUGAACUGUGUUUGUGUGUGAUCAGGGGUGUAUUCAUUCCGUCGAUUCUGUUGAAAAACGUUUCUUAAACGGAAGCAAACGGAACGAAGCGUGGAUAAACAUACCUGAAUUGUCCAAUAGAAACUCUUGUUUGCAACUGUUGGACUAAUGAUUACACCCUAGAUCAGCUAGAUGCAGGCAAGAGUGUGCAAGGCAGUAUUGAAUGUGUCACUGUCUGACACCUUGAUUUAGAAAAUAUGUAUCUCGACCUAUACAACUACAUUGUAAACUUUAAUUCAUAGGCUAGGUUGUAGCAACCUCAUGAUGGGUAUAGGGACCAUUUUAGUAUCAUGUAGUAGCCUAAACCAAUCAAUGUUACAUUGAGCUGGGUGAAUGGAAAAUGAAUGAUAGUCAUCAAAUAUGCUGUAAUAGAAAUAAGACCCUGCUCAUAAAAAAGAAUUGUCCUCUCUCAGCUUAAAUGGCAUUGACCGCCUCUGCUGUGUACACUCCUCCUGGCAUAGUGAGAAAGAGUUGUGCUGGAAAGCUGAGCUCUUCAGCUAACAAGAGAGCAGCUAAACAAAGCAGAGAGACUCCCAAAGUAAUUGUGCAAACACUGGAGCACACUUAUUAUGCAUUAUGUCUAUUCCAAAAGUUAAUUGGCAAAGUGAUUUGAAUUAAAGAUAAUGCCGGUAGUUGGGGAAGGGAAGCAGAAAAGGGGAAAUUAUUCAUGCCUAACGACAAGGGGGUCUCUUUGGGACCUAUUACACACUACACAGGGCUGUGCGAGGGGUCAGGGGUGGCUGCUGUAGGGGGGGGUGCAUGCGCGUGCCUGCCUAUGUGUGAGUUUCUAGUGUGUGUAUUUUUUUAGAGAGAGAGAGAGAGAGAGAGAGAGAGAGAGAGAGAGAGAGAGAGAGAGAGAGAGAGAGAGAGAGAGAGAGAGAGAGAGACUAUAGGAGGAGGGGUAUUUGACUCAUCUGAGCUCUCUUAUCCUCCUCUUGCUCAGUCAGAGGGAAACUGGGAGCUCUUUCUCUCCACAGGGAGCCUGUGCAAACAGACCGUCUCUCUCUCACACACACACACUUGAGUGCAACCCUAAAGCACAAAGCACCAUCUUCUCUCCUCUGCUAUUAACCUCCUUUCCUCUCUUAUCUUUCCCUUCUUCAAAUAUUUCCAUCAUGCCAUGUUCCUCUCUCCAAAAUUCCCCACGUGUUCCCAUGAAGUCUGCAUGUGGGCAUCUGUUUGGAUGCACCUGUGUGCCUGUGGGUGUUUGUGUGCAUAUGUGUGUGGAGUGAACGUAUGUGCAUCAUCAGUGUGUACUAAGCACUCCUGUGCCUGUGUGUACACACACUCCCACGUGUGUCAUGUGUGUAACAUUCACGGCAAACAGAAGGCGGUGUGCGUGUGUAUGUGUGCAUGUAUGUGACAUUCAAGGGAGCAGAAGGCUUUGUAUAAGUCAAAGUGACUCAGGGGAUGCCCCCCACAUGCCUGGGUUUACCCAAGACACCAGCCCCACUUCCCUGCCUCCUGCUGUCCCUUCACCCCCUCUCUCUUCCUCUCUCUCUCCCGUCUUUCUCUCCUCCUCUCUGCACUGCUAUACCCUACAGCCAUCUUUUAGAUCCGUAAAGCCAUGUAUAAAAUCCCCAGUCUCCAUUCAGUGGUCCUUUCCAAACAUGCUGCAUGACCACGUCCCAAUAGGUAUAAGUGGCUUCCUUUCCUUCAUGACCACUGAUAGGUGAAAGCACUGGAUAGGUCUCCAGCCCAUUGCCUUCACUUAUCCAGUGCUUUUCAGAUCACUGGUCCUGGAGGAGAGGGGAUGAGGGAGGGUGGGUAUUGAGGAGUUUUGGGAUGCUGCCCAUGGCUGAGGCUCUCAAAGACUUCAGUGUGAACCCCAAUGUAUAGUCCCACAGGGAUGGCCAGGCAUCUGCCUCCCAGCUCCUCUCUACUCCAGGAUUCCGUUGGUUAUAUUAAAAUCAGUCCUAAUAAUGUAAGAAGGAAGUUUCAGGAAUAUGUUUUUAAAAUAUGUUUGCACUGGGGGUUUUAUGUAAAGAAUUAUGUCUUUGUCCGACUAUUAUUUUAUUAGUUGCACUUUUGGCAAACAAAGUGACAUAAUGUGUACAGGAGGUUAGUGGCACCUAGGUUAGUGGCACCUUAAUUGGGGAGAAUGGACUCGUGGUAAUGACUGGAGCGGAAUCAGCGGAAUGGUAACAAAUACAUCAAACACAUGGUUUCCAGGUGUUUGAUGCCAUUCAAUUUGCUCCGUUCCGGCCAUUAUUAUGAGCCGUUCUCCCCUCAGCAGCCUCCACUGAUAGGGUGCCAUAUAUACACACAUUAAUAACACAUAUAACAUUAUGUCUAACAAUGGAUGUAUGUGCCAUCAUCUCUGUCUCUGUGUCUGUCCCUGACUCUGACUCUCGGUCUCUGACACUGUCUUUUACGCUCUCUGUCUCUGUCUAUGACUCCCUCUCUUUCCCUGCCUCUACCGCAUAUCGCUACCUCUGCCUCUGUCUGUUUCUGCUCCGUAGCGAUGGAGGAACUGGACGGUGACGAGGUCAGAGUGUCCUCUAAGGGGCGCAAUGCCGAGCGAGACAUAGUCCAGUUUGUGCCUUUCCGGGACUACAUAGACCGCCAGGGCAACCAGGUGCUGAGCAUGGCACGGCUGGCCAAGGACGUGUUGGCAGAAAUCCCUGAGCAGCUGCUCGGUUUCAUGAAGACGAGGGACAUCGAGCCCCGGUCCGCCUCCUCCACCACCACUACCACCCCGCUAGGACUCCACAACCUGCACAUCUGA